AUGGAGACAGCAGCAGUGUGGCUGGCAUUCGUUUUGGGCAGCGCCUGCGGUCUUCUCUACAUCGGGGCGAUUUGCGGCUGGGGUGCGAUCUCGGUCAUCCUUGAAGCUGAUGGGGUCUGCGGCGACGCAUGUGCCCCCGGCGAGGAGCUUCCCUGCCCGGCACAGAACAACAACCUACUUCUGAUUUACACCAUUGCGAUGAGCGCAAUGAACCUCAGUGGGACGCCCGGGGGGAUCCUGUGCGACAAAUGUGGGGUCAUAGGAGGAGCUGCUGCGGCUGGAGUGGCGGUUAUCCUCGGGGCAGCGGCCGUCGGCGUGCUAGACUCCUCAGACUCUACCAUGUUUCAAGCAGCGUUCGUGCUCAUGGCGUGUGGAGGUAAUACGACCUUCUUUGCUGCCUUGAAGAUGGUGUUCAUGUUUCCGCAGGAGAAGCACGCCACAAUCCUCAGUACGAUCUGCGCGCUUUAUGACGCCUCCUCUGCCGUGCCGCUGCUCUUUUUCCUCGCCUUCUCUGCAGGGGCCUCGCGCGAGGCGAUCUUCCUCAGCUACGCUGCGUCUGCCGCUGUGCUGUUCGCCGCUUGGAUCGGUGCGCUGCUGUACGUGAGGAGCGCCGGCGCGGCCCCGGAUCCAAAGACAUCGCGGGCAGCGGGCCUCAGCAAGGACAGCUUUGUCGCCGCACGCCUCAGUGCAAUGCAGGGCAGGGGGAGCGUGAUGGCAUCCGAACGCUUCACAAGCACGGUGUACCAGGAGAUGCCAUCGGCGCCCUCCGAGCACGAAGUGCCCACGCUGCACACGUCCACGCUGACGGGGAUGCUCACCUCGUCGCAGUUUUUCCUCGGGCUGCUAUGGUUUGUGUUGAGCGCACAGCGGUGCAAUCUGUACCUCGGCACCGUCAAGUACGUUCUGGAGGAGCAAGGGGACGACGACAACAAGUACAUGGCGAUUUUGACCGCGAUGCUCCCGCUCGGACUUGCGUGCGUCCCGGUCAUCGCUUUUGUGCACGACAAGCUCAAGCUGCUCGGCUCGAUGCAAGCAGUCACGGCUCUGGGCAUGGUUUAUGGGCUCUGUGCCAUCUUCCUGCCGUUGCACUUGCAGCCGAUCACCUUUGUUCUCUUCGCCGGAUACCGGGCAGCCGUCUUCUCGGUCUUCUGCAUCUAUGCGACGCACGUCUUUGGGCCGCUCGCGUCCGGGACAGUCAACGGCGUCAUCUUCUUCAUCGGAGGCAUUGCGAGCAUGUCCCUCGCACCCAUCAGCUCGUUUGUGAACGGAUCACUAGAUGGGGACUGGAGCCCAGUCUACCACACGUACAGUGCACUGUGUCUCGUGCAGCUCGUCGCCGUUAGCCUUGCGGCGAGGUGGUGGCGACGCGCAAGGUGA